UGCUUCAUCCUACAAACUUUGAGAAACAAUACGACGAAGAGACGACACGUUUCUUGGUUUCGUUUCUGGACUUCAGGACAGAGACGGCAAAGCUUCCGAAUGAACUGCGUGAUUUUCUGCUUCAUCCUACAAACUUUGAGCAAUAAUUUCCAACAUGGAGGAAACAGAUGUCCAACGUGUCCAAAGGUCCCUAAAAUCCACACUGAAGAAAAAAUAUCACAGACAUAGGGAAGCACUUCCUGUAAAAGCCAUACUACCAUCAAGACUUCACCUCAAGACUAACCUCAAGCCUAAUUAUAUCCAACAACAUGAAGUUAGCUCUGUGGAUAAAUCUGACCUGCGUACUUGGCUAGUUGGUACAACAGUUCUACUUGAAGACAUUGUUAAUUGUGACUGCAAACAUCGUACUAGCCAAAGAACAUUCAUCACGUUUGGGGUAUGUGGAGUUGGGAAAACCACAGCUGUGCAAACUUUUGCUCUGGACUGGGCUAAUGGCAACCGGCACCAGGGAAUCCACCUCCUCCUUCCAUUUUCUUUCUGGGAGCUGAAUUUAAUCAAACGCAAAAUAAGCUUUAUUGAGCUUAUCCACAUGUUUUACCCAAAUUUGCAGAGGCUCAACACGUUCAGCCUGAAUGAAAGUAAUAUUUUAUUUGUCUUUGAUGGACUGGAUGAGUACCAUUUGUCGCUAAACUUUCGCUGCACUACAGUGAGUGACAUUUUCGAAGCUGCCCCAGUGGAUACUCUACUGACAAAUCUGAUUAAGGGCAAUUUGUUUCCAAAAGCCCAUCUGUGGAUAACAGCCCGGUAUACUGCAGCAACAAAAAUCCCAGAAUGCUAUUUGCUUGAAAGAACAGAAGUGAGAGGAUUUGAUGAUGAACAGAAGGAGUUACACAUUAGGUCUGUCAUUGGUAGUGAUCAUCUCACCAAAAAAGCCUUUGACCAUGUGAAAAUAUCAAGGAGUCUCAAUUUCCUUUGCCAGAUACCACCCAUCUGCACAAUCAUGGCAACUGCCUUGAAGAAUCUUCUAAAAGCAGAUGAUGAUUUCAAAAUAACCCAUUUCACUUUGACUCAAAUGUAUAUAGAGAUAGUGAAAAUGGCAAACUCUGAAUUCAUUUCCAAGCUGAAACGGCUGGCACUGGAUCGACUAGAAGAAGAGUUUGAUUACAGUGUGUUGUAUCAAGAUGACCUUUUACGGAGUAAGAUAAGUGUGGAGGAAGCCUCACUUUUCUCCAAAGAAAGUCCACUUCUGUUGAGAGAAGAGAAAGGACUGCAUGAUACCACUGUGUUCCGUUUUGGUCACUUGAGUGUUCUGGAGUUUCUAGCUGCUGACUGUCAAUUACAUGAAAUAGCUCCUUUUGUAUUCUCGUAUCUGUCGUUGGUGGACCAGACACUUGAGAGCCAAAAUGGAAAAUAUGACAUCUUUCUCCGCUUUAUCUUUGGACUCAUUAAGGAGCAAGGAUUAAUGAAUGACUCUCAUCCACUUUUUGUACGCACAAGAAGUAUGAUCCUGGCGAACAUAAUGUCUCCUAUAGCCGUGGUCUUGUUCCACUGUCUGAGGGAGUUUGACCUUAAAGCUUUCCUUUCGGAGGUUGAUUUUUUUUUGACAACAGGCAUCUGCCCAGACUCGAAUUUCUCUCCAACACACUGGGCCUUAAUGGCAAAAAGAGUCAUAAAUUUUGAAGGUUGCCGAGAAACCGUCAACAUGCCAGUGUCUAAACGAUGUGAUGAGCAGGUUCUCGGGAAUCUACCAGACAUUUUGAAAUCCACGAAAGCCAUACUGAGAUUUUCUAAGCUGACAAACAAGUGUUGUCCAGCCUUUGCAUCUGUAUUGCGCACAAGCGAAUCAUAUCUGAGAGAGCUUGACUUGGGAUACAAUAGCAUCACUGACACUGGAGUCAAGAUGCUUGUGAAGGGCUUGAACAGUCAAAACUGUAGCCUGAAAAAACUCAGGCUACUUUGCUGUGAAGUGACAGCAGAAGGCUGUCGCUACCUUGCAAUUGCCUUGAAAAAAUGUGGGAACCUGCAAGAACUGGAUCUCAGUGGCAAUAAUUUAGGAGACGAAGGACUGAAACAUCUAGCUGAUGGUUUGAAAUAUCUUGAAUGCCACCUCCAAGUACUUAAAAUAUGUCAGUGUAACUUUGGUCAAAGGGGAUGUUCUUCUUUAGCGUUGGCUUUGCAGACAAAUCCCACAUGCAUGGGAGAGUUGAAUCUCGCCAUCAAUAAUAUUGGAGACAAAGGGGCCAAUGAGCUCUUCACCAGAUAUGAUAUAUCAUUGUUAACCAAACUGCAGAUGAAUUGCUGUGGCAUCACCACAUUGAGCUGCAAAAAUAUUGGGGAAGCGCUCAAGUCGGAAAGCAGCAACUUGGUGGAACUAAAUUUGAGCAACAACCAAAUAACAGAUGCUGGCUUUGAGCUCAUUUGCACAGGAAUGUAUGCAUGGUCUCGUCUGGAAAUACUCAAUGUGUCAAGGUGUGGAAUUACUACUUCAGGCUGCUGUUAUAUUUCAAAGGUCCUGGGUUGUGUCUCUCAGCUCUACUCUCAUGGGGAAAGGCAAACAGAGUGGCAGGCAGCAGAGUUGAGAGAGCUCAACCUCACCAUGAACAGUUUUGGAGACGCUGGAGUCAAAGAAAUUACAGCUGGACUGAUGAAUCCGUACAGCCACUUCAAAUCUCUCAAUCUGAGCCACUGCAAUCUGACUGAUAACUGCUGCUCACAGCUUGCGUCAGUUCUUUCAUCAAUGGACAGCCCGAUCAGGGAGCUUGAUCUCUCUGACAACAACAUCCAGGAUAAGGGAACAAAGAAACUCUGCACUGGACUAAAAAGUACUCAAUGCAUGCUUGAAAAAUUAGCACUAGCAAACUGUAACAUUCACUCAAGAGGUGUUUCAUACUUGACUGCAGCCCUGAUGUCAAACCCACGGUAUCUUACUGAGCUGCUUCUGAUAGGCAACAAGCUGACCAGUUUGGACAUCACCAACCUUAUUGAGUUAACCAAGAGAAAGGAAUACGCAUUGCAUACUUUAGAUGUCUCAGAAUACUGAGGUGUUAAAAGGCAAAGGUGAAUCACACACGGAUCAUAUUUCCUCACUCAUUUAAUCGUCCACCUCAUCACAUCAUUAAAAGUCAUUUGCUUUUUUUUGUUUGUUUAUGAAUAAAAAUAAGAGCUGUGAUAAGGAA